UUUAUCUUCAUUCUCUUCCAAUCAAGGUAUUGAUUUUAAUCGAUUGUCAAGUCAGACAUAUUUAACAGGGAUGUCACGGGUUGGGGGGAAAGUCGGGUUUCGGGUGGAGUCUUCAAAAUUUUCCUCGGAUCGGGUAUCGGGCCAAAAAAUGUCAGGGUUUUGGAAAAUUUUCGGAUUGGGUAUAGAAUCGAAGAAAAGUCCGGGUAGCAGUUUUCAAGUAAUCCUUGUCAUCCCUGAUAUUUAAUCAUGCGUAUCUGAUUUAUAGGAAUAUGAGAUAAUCGAUCUGUUGCUUGCUGAUAAGAAGCUUAAAGAUGAGGUGCUUAAGAUUAUGCCUGUACAGAAGCAGACUCGAGCAGGUCAGCGUACUCGUUUCAAAGCUUUUGUUGCAAUUGGAGAUGGACAAGGACAUGUUGGUUUGGGUGUUAAGUGUUCAAAGGAAGUAGCGACUGCUAUUCGUGGAGCAAUCAUUGCUGCUAAACUGGCAAUAAUCCCCGUUCGUAGAGGCUAUUGGGGAAACAAAAUUGGCGAUCCUCAUACUGUUCCUUGCAAGGUCACUGGGAAGUGCGCUUCUGUACUUGUUCGUCUUAUUCCUGCUCCAAGAGGAACUGGCAUUGUCGGGGCACCUGUUCCGAAAAAAUUGUUGCAAAUGGCGGGCAUCGAUGAUUGCUACACCUCAGCUGUUGGCCAAACCGCAACCCUUGGAAACUUCGCUAAAGCUACCUACUAUGCAAUUCAACGCACAUAUUCUUAUUUGACACCAGAUCUGUGGAAAGAGAAUACUUUGCCUAAAAAUCCUCUUGAUUGUAGUACUGGAACAACGGCUCCGUGA